AAAAUUUGCGUAAUCGUCUGAAUAUUGUGAAUGAACAGUGAAUAAGAGUAAGCAUUCAGUAGUCGUUAUCAUUGCUGAGAAUGUUUGUUUACGUUUACAAUCUAUGUGUGUAAUUGCUAAGCACUUCUAUUACAAGUGCAUUUGUCAUGAAUAAGUAAUCAAGUGUCCGCGAAAAUGAGCAGUCCAAGUCACAGAAGUUCAUUGCCAGUGCCGGAAGUGCGGAUUUUAUGCUUUGACUUAAGUUACUAUAAUAAAACUUCACAGUUUCUGUUAAGUUGUGCCGGGGUUUUUGUGUUAUAUUUACUUUAUGGGUAUUUACAAGAGCUUAUUUUCACAGUAGAUGGUUUUAAGCCAUUUGGAUGGUUUUUAACGUUAGUACAAUUUGGAUAUUAUAUCGUUUUUGGAUUAAUAGAACGCAAAAUUGAAGAACGUCGGCAUGAAAAUGUAACAACUGCACGGUGCAUACCCAUGAGAACAUAUUUUUUGUUAGCAGCAUUGACGCUUGGUACCAUGGGACUAUCAAAUUCUAGUUUAGGUUAUCUAAAUUAUCCAACGCAAGUGAUAUUUAAGUGCUGUAAACUUAUACCAGUACUUCUGGGUAGUAUUUUAAUACAAGGGAAACGUUAUGGACCACUUGACUUUCUUGCUGCAAUUUCCAUGUGCAUUGGCUUAACAUGGUUCACAUUAGCAGACUCACAGUUAUCUCCUAAUUUUAAUACAGUUGGAGUGGCGAUGAUAUCAACAGCAUUACUUUGUGACGCAAUAAUAGGAAAUGUGCAGGAGAAGGCUAUGCGAGAGCACAGUGCACCAAGUAGUGAAGUUGUGCUUUACUCGUAUGGUCUGGGAUUUGUAUACUUAUUUGUGAUUAUGAUAUUAACUGGACAUUUUUUCAAUGGCUUAAAUUUUUGCCUUGAACAUCCGCGUGAAACAUUUGGUUAUGGAUUUUUAUUUAGCCUUUCCGGUUACCUGGGUAUUCAAUUCGUUUUAGCACUCGUGCGGUCGUCUGGUGCUCCAUUGGCAGCUACAGUCACAACAGCGCGAAAAGCAGUGACCAUUCUGAUAUCGUUUUUAUUUUUCAGCAAACCAUUUACGAUGCAGUAUCUUUGGGCUGGGCUGAUAGUAGUGUUUGGUAUAUAUUUAAAUGUAUAUAGUAAAAAGAAUAAAUUGACUUUCCAAGAGUUAGAACACAGGUCUAGAAAAGUUGUGUACAUGUGCAAAAGAGUUUUGUGUUUGUGCAAAAAUGUAGGAAAAUCUGCAAAUCGAAAAUUUUUAGUCGAAGUAUAGAUUUUACUUUAAAGUAAAUAGUAUAUAAUUUCGACCGAUUCGAAUAUCAAAGAAAGGACAAA